GAUGGAUUUGUCAUGGGGGAAGGGGCUGGAGUUUUGCUUUUAGAAGAAUUGGAGCAUGCUAAGAAAAGAGGUGCAGUCAUAUACGCAGAAUUCCUUGGUGGGAGUUUUACCUCCGAUGCAUAUCAUGUAACUGAACCACGUCCUGAUGGGGCUGGCAUAAUACUUUGCAUUGAGAAGGCAUUAGCUAAGUCUGGAGUAUCAAGAGAGGAUGUGAAUUACAUAAAUGCACACGCCACAUCCACACCAGCUGGAGAUCUUAAAGUCAAAGAGUACCAGGCUCUUAUUCACUGUUUGUAUAUGACUUGCUAGCCAAUUCAAAGAUAACUGAUUUGGUGCUCUCUUAAAUUGUUUUGAUUUGCAUUGUUACUUGUACUGCCAUGCUUAGCAAAAGAUGUCUUUAUGUACAGCUAAAAGUGAAUUCCACGAAAUCUAUGUAAUUAGAAUUUGGAUCCCCCCUUGUUAUGUCUCAAACAUGCAAAGUUGUAGAAAAAUUCCAUUUGGAAUUUUAUUUUGUGUACGU